AUGUCGUCCGACAAGGUCAGCCGUGUUGAGUACGUAUGCUUUCCAGACUCCACGUACAGAGAUCAAACCAUCUAUGCGGGUAAAGUGAAGGUUCAAGCUGGCUUACCAUACGGAUUAGUGACGUUACCAAUACCGGACAACAGUGUGUGUACCCACCUGACCCCAGGAUGUCCCGUGAUGCCACGAAAGCAAUACUCCUAUACGUAUACUGGCAUGUUGCCUCCGCAAAUUCCAUCA